UAAUUUCAAGAAAAAACACGGUGAGAUUAAUUUGCAAAAUCUUUUGUGGCAAGCCGGGUGUGCGACCGACACAUUAGUGUAUGAACAUUGCAGGGAGAAAAUCAAGUCUUUGUCAUUAGAUGCACAUAAUUGGAUUGAAAAUAACUUGAAGCCUCAAUUCGAGCAUCGGUGGGCAUUAUGUAAGGAUGAGGGUGUGCGGUUUUGCAUGAUGACGACUAAUUGCUCCGAGAGCUUUAACGGCGUUCUUAAAGGAGCACGAGCUAUGCCAAUACAAUCUUUGGUUGCGAGAACAUUCUAUAGACUAAACGCAUACUUCAACAAAAGGCGUGGUGAUGGCAUAGACUGGACAACACGUUACACACCAAAAAAUGAGUCCAUUUUGCAUAGAAGAAUUGAGGCAGCAAGAUCAUGUCAAAUUACUGUAUUCAACGACAACGAAUGGCAGGUACAAGAUUGUGACGGUAUCUACACCGUUAAACUAUUUGAUGUUGAUUGCACUUGCACAUGUAACAUACCACAACUCCAAAAAAUACCCUGUGCACAUGUGCUUGCGGCUUCUUCUAAUCAGCCGGGAGGUGCUAGAAUUCCCAGAAAUCGGUAUUGCUCGCCUUGGUAUUCAACAGCUCACUAUCAAAAGACAUAUAGUGAGAGUUUUCAUCCACCUGAUGAUAGUCGGUAUUGGCCUGAAUAUAAUGGACCACAUAUAGUUCCACCUCAGUACCGGAGACAAGCAGGUCGACCACGAUCUGUGCGAAUUAGGGGAACCAUGGAUCAAGGGCGAGAAGGAGUGGUCAAGCACAAAAAAUGUAGUCUUUGCAAACAACCGGGACAUACUCGACCUCGUUGUCCAUCUAGACACAAUAGAUAGCAACUAAUUGGUUUGUACACCAUGGAUCCUGGGCCGGUUAGUGAUGAGGUCUUAUAUGACCAGGCUCAGCAUCGUUCACAUAUUAUAUCCUGUACAGAGAGAGGUCCGAGUAUCGUUAUGGUUGAUCAUAGCCUCAGCCAUAGCCGUUGGCGGUUAGAGGAUGAGCGUAUCAUAGCAGCUGUGGGACGGGCCGGCUUCUUGACUUGUUCAAAGCUUCGUUGGAUAAAGCUCGAUUGGCCCCUACUGAUUGCGUUGAUGGAUAGAUGGAGACCUGAGACCAAUACUUUCCACUUCCGAAUGGGUGAGGCUACCAUUACUCUACAAGAUGUAUCCGUGAUACUCGGUCUCCGUAUAGAUGGUCCGUGCAUUACCGGCACUGAUAGUGAUGUAUGGCCUCGAAGAUGUGAGGAGUUGUUAGGUGUAGCUCCAGAGACUAUGCCUAGAGGAACUAUUAAGUUGAAGUGGUUGAGAGAGACCUUCUCAGUACCGUUGCCUGUUGAUGCCCCACAAAUUUUGGUUGACCAACAUGCACGUGCAUACAUUAUGCACAUGAUUGGUACUAUAUUAUUUCCAGAUUCAAGUAAAGAUAAAGUGCAUGCGAGGUGGUUACCACUCCUCGAGGACUUGGACGUAUGUGGUACAAAAUCGUGGGGUAGUGCUGUUUUGGCGUAUUUAUAUAGAGAGAUGUCAAAAGUGGCACUUAUGCAAAACAGUGAGCUUAAAGGGUGUCUAAGCUUAUUGCAAGUAUGGGCAUGGGAGAGACUUCAUUUGAAGCCAAGACUAUGCACGCAUUUACAAUUAGAUGGACAAAUUCCACUGGGAUGCAGAUGGAAUGUCGAAAAAUGCUAUGACGAGACCCCGGCUAGACAAUUGGAUUUCUACCGGAAUGAGCUUGACCGUAUGAAGAUUUUUCAGAUGGAAUGGGAGCCCUACACCCAAUUUCUACCUCAGCUACCCCCAAUAUGCACAGAAUACCAAGUUGUAUGGAGAGCUAGAGUUCCUCUUAUAUGUUUGGAGAUAGUAGAAAUGCAUGUACCGGACCGCGUGCUUCGACAAUAUGGUCUUGCACAACAUGUUCCGCAGUUUGUUGAAAAGAUAGAGAGGAAGGCAAAGAAAGGAGGCCAACAAAUAAACUGGAUGAUCGUGCAUCAAGCUUUUAUACACAAAUGGAAUGAUAGGCAUUUUUGUAUUGUCAACCAAAUUGAACCAACUCCUCGGGAAUCAGAUUACUACACUUGGUAUUGGGACAUAACCCGAAGAUGGAUACUUCAUUCGACCACAAUACCGGUUGAGUCGCAAAGAGGAUAUGUGCCCCGGGGUAUAGAUGAGAGAGAAUUAGUAUCAGCAAUAGAUGAAGUUCAAACUCUUGCAAAUCGUGGUUUGGAAUUGGCUCGAGCAGCAGAUAGAAAUCCCGAAGCACAUGAACAUGUAUCAAUAUAUCAGGCUAUAAUGCAGAGGCUUCAACAAGCCUUACACCGAACUCACGAAGAUCGUCAUGAUGGACGGGAGGUAAGGUCAUUCGUAUAUACACGACAACAGCGACAAAGUCGAGGACGACGCAGAAAUAACGAUGAAGCUGGACCUUCCCAACGUGUCGACGAUGGAGCUGGACCGUCACAACCACAAACGCAACCGGAUCACGAACUCGUCGAAGGGCGGUAUGGAGGACGACGAAGACAAAGGAGGAGGAGGAGAGUUCUUGGAUGUAUGUAAACUACAGGUUAUAUACAUUACAAAACUAUUUAGGGAUGUGGUUUUUGGAUUUGUAGUCGAUAAUAUCGUGUGAUAUGUUUGAUUUCUAAGUGGGUUUGUGGUGUUAUUAUGUUGGAUUUGUUAGUGGGAGUUUGUGGUGUGAUGUGAUUUGUUUGAUUUGAAAUGAGUAUGUGGUGAAAUCAGUAUGUAAUUUGUUAGUGGGAGUUUGUGUGGAUGUAUGCACAGGGACUACAUGAAAUGCAGUGGUGAAAUGAGUAUGUGACUUGUUAGAGGAAGUUUGUGUUGAUAUAUGCACAGGAACUACUUGAAA